CCAAAUAGGAGGCGGAAUCGCGUCUAGCAGGUGUCGCCAUCUGCAUAUCUGGAGUGAACGUAAAUGCCAGCAUGGCCGCUCCUGUCAAACACAAAUCGAACUGUCAGGCCGAUCUUCCAUAAAAAUCGUCGAUGUGACCACGCUUUGUGGAGAUGAUAACGAUGUUAAGAAAUUGACUGAUAUUAACACCCCCACAGAUUUGAAGAACACUUUAGAUGCACCUAACACCAGUUCGAUUAUUUUGGAGAUAGUGGAUGCCAUACUUGCUACAAGCAUGGAAAAAAGGGGUAGUGCUGAACUCUUGAAUGUUGAAAAAAACAAUUCAAAGAAUGCUAGUUCAGAUUCUCUUAACUCGGACAGUAAAAGCAGCUCACUCAACUCCAAAAUUGGACAGGAGUCGGAAUGUUGGGAUAAGGCAUCGCACUCCAAAAGCUUUUCAACAAGCUCGACGUCAACAGAUAAUAAUAUUGUUUCUGCUUUAGAAGCAAAGAAAGAAACUCAAGAGCAACGGAGUGAGAAUUUGUCUGGUAGCGACACAGGACCACCGCUAUUCAGUGGAGAACAUGUGCAUGGACAAGCUCGCGAAGUUACCUACCUCUGCCCAUAUUCAGGUCCUGCGAGAGGCAUACUUAGUGUAACCAAUUAUAAGUUAUAUUUUAAGAGUAUAGACCGAGAAACACCUUAUGUGGUCGAAGUACCGUUAGGCGUUGUCAGUCGAAUUGAAAAAGUUGGAGGUGCAUCUAGUAGAGGAGAAAAUUCCUAUGGGAUUGAAGUGUUCUGUAAAGAUAUGAGAAAUCUGAAGUUUGCACACAAGCAGGAAAAUCACUCAAGACGAAAUGUAUUUGAGAAAUUACAACAGUACUCGUUUCCGCUUUCGCACAAGCUGCCACUUUUCGCUUUCCAGUAUUCCGAGACAUUUUCAGAAAAUGGCUGGAAUGUUUACGAACCGAUUGCUGAACUGAAGAGAAUGGGAGUUAACAACGAUAUGUGGAAAAUAUCAAAAAUAAAUGACACCUAUUCGUUGUGCGAUAGCUAUCCAGCCGUAUGGGCAGUACCAGCUGCGGCAACAGACGAAGAUUUGCAAGCUGCUGCAGCAUUCCGUAGCCGUGGCAGAUUACCUGUUCUUUCUUGGAUUCAUCCGGAAAGUCAAGCUACUAUAACACGAUGUGCACAACCGCUAGUUGGCGUUGGUGGAAAAAGAAGCCGUGAGGAUGAAAGAUAUGUUCAACUCAUAAUGGACGCCAAUGCUCAAAGUCAUAAACUUUUUAUCAUGGAUGCCAGGCCUAGUGCCAAUGCAACUGCCAACAAGGCAAAGGGAGGCGGUUACGAAAGCGAAGAUGCAUACCAAAAUGCAGAGCUUGUCUUUCUAGACAUACACAACAUUCACGUAAUGAGGGAAAGUUUGCGAAAAUUAAAGGAAUUGUGUUUUCCAGUAAUUGACGAAACCAGAUGGCUCUCUGGUAUAGAAUCUACGUAUUGGCUGAAACAUAUUAAAUGUAUAUUAGCUGGAGCUUUGCGAAUAGUUGAUAAAGUAGAAAAUCACAAAACAUCAGUAUUGGUCCACUGUUCUGAUGGUUGGGAUAGAACUGCACAGCUUACAGCAUUAGCAAUGUUGAUGCUGGAUCCGUACUAUCGAACAAUUCGAGGCUUUGAAGUCCUUGUAGAAAAAGAAUGGCUUAGCUUUGGACACAAGUUUCAACAAAGAAUCGGCCAUGGAGAUGAGCAUCACAGUGAUGCCGACAGGUCGCCGGUAUUUCUACAGUUCAUAGACUGCGUCUGGCAAAUAUCUCAGCAAUUUCCUAAUGCAUUUCAAUUCAAUGAGCACUUUUUAAUUACCAUACUCGACCAUCUUUACUCAUGUAGAUUUGGUACCUUCCUAUUCAACAGCGAUCGAGAAAGAGUUCAAGAGCAACUAAAACAAAGAACAGUAUCACUCUGGUCGUACACGAACAGCCAACUAUCUUUAUACCAAAAUCCACUCUACUGGGCAGGUCCUCUGCAUCAGUUAGUACUAAUGCCAAUUGCGAGUAUGAGGCAUAUCAAAUUGUGGAAACGUCUUUACUGCAGAUGGAAUCCCAGUAUGAGGCAACAGGAUCCUGUAUAUCAACGCACGCGGGAACUUCUAGUCCUAAAAGAGCAACUCGAAAAGAAGGCGGAAGAAUGUCGUCGUGAACAAGCGACGCGGGCGAAUAGAUCGCUCACAUCACCAGCACCUCCUAGAAUACAUUCUCCAGUUCACUCAUAAUCUGCCACCUAACUUUCGUUUCCUUCAUCACAAUUUUGUAAAUGAUUCUUAGGCUUCAACUACCUUCUUCAUGAAAUACUGAACCUCUGCACAUAAUGGUAUGCGAUAUACACAUAGAACUACCACUUUGACUGAUACCCAUAGUGGCCAAUCUUUAAUCUUUAAAUUCAACUCUGACCUCUAACUUUGUAUAAAGUACGCGUUAAUAAAUAAUAAAUUGUAGCUA